AUGCCUGUAGUUAUAUUUCUUCUUGACAAUUCAGCAUCAAUGAAUCAAAUGACUCAUGUUGGUACAAGUCUUUUCGAUAUUGGCAAAGGAGCUAUCGAACAAUUUCUUAAAAUACGACAACGAGAUGCUGGUGCAGCUCGAACAGAUCGAUAUAUGUUAUUAACACUUGACGAACCACCAACAAAUGUUAAAGUUGGAUGGAAAGAACCCAUGACUGUAUUUACAAAUCAAUUAAAAAGUCUUGAAGCAACUGGAUUAACUCAGAUGGGUUCAGCAAUAAAACAAGCUUUUGAUUUACUUAAUCUUAAUCGACAUGCAGCUGAUCAUGAUACAUAUGGAUGUGGUCGAUUUCCACAUUUACUUGAACCAUCACUAAUUAUUGUUAUUACAGAUAAACAAAAAUUAACUACAUUAGCUGGUGUACAAAAUGAAAUUAAUAUUCCUAUGAAUACAGGUCCAUUAGGUAGUGAAUUAACAAAAGAACCAUUUCGAUGGGAUCAACGUUUAUUUGCCAUUGUACUUGCAUUACCUGCAACUUCUUCAUCAAUAGUUCCAGCAGGUGGAGCUCCUGGUAAUUCAACUGGUCCUGGUCUAGGUGAUGUACCUGCUAAUCAAUUUAUUCCAGCUGCUAUUGAUCAACCAAUUACUGCUAUGUGUGAUGUAACCGGUGGUCGUUCAUAUUUAAUUACUUCUCAACGUACACUUCUUCAAUGUUUAGAAUCUCUUGUACAAAAAAUUCAAAUUGGUGUUGUUGUUAAUUUAGAAAAAGUUAUUAGUGAAGGCGAUAAUGAACGAUGUGCAUGGCAUUCAUGUCGAAAAAUGAUUAUGAUUCCACGUUCAUUACCUAAAACAGAAAAAACUGAAUAUAAUUGGCCAAUACCUGAAGAUUAUUGGCCAACAGCAGCAAUGCUUUCACUUCCAUCACGAUCAGCACAUGCACUAAUUAAAUUUCAAACAACUCCAUGUACAACAGUUACAGAUAAGUUUCCAUUUGAUAAAUAUGAAUUAGAACCAUCACCAUUAACACAAUAUAUACUUGAACGUCGACAACCAACAAUGGCUUGGCCUGUAUUUGUUCAAGGUUCAUCUCGUCUUGGUCCAACUGAACUUGGUUCACCAUUUGGUUAUCUUAAAGCAAGCACAAAUUUAACAUCUGUUAAUCUAUAUAUUAUGCCAUAUAAUUAUCCAGAAUUAUCGACAUUACUCAAUGAAUUAAAUAAAGCACAUGGUUCAAAUGUAUCACGAACAUGGCAAAAUCGUUUUGAUGCUUAUCUUCGAUCGAUUCCUCCUUAUUAUCUUGUUCCAUUACGACGUGUUCUAUCACGAAAACAACUUCAAUUUGUAUUUGAAUCAUUUGAUAAACAAAAUCCAACACAACCAACAAUUCUUCUUUCACCACAAAUGCUUGGAUAUUUAAAAAAAAUUCGUUCACAAGCAAAAGCUGAACUUGAUCGAUGGCCACCAAUGCAAGAAAAACCACCACCACUUAUUCAUCUUCUUCCAUUACGUCCUGAUCUUUUAUUCGAUAAGACAUCAUCAUCAAGUGCAGAUUUACAUGAACCAGGUGAUGAUUCAAUUCAUAAUAAUUUUGUUUUACAAUCAAAAAUAAAUUCUAAACAACAACAACCAUUACAAUUAUAUUUAAAUGUAUUUGAUAUUCCACGAUCACAAUUACUUGAUGUUGUUACAAAAUUACGUCGACAUUUAGUACAAAAUACAAAUAAUUAUGAAAUACAAGAUGAAGAUGCUUUACAUUCUGUACCUAUUAAAGAAAUGUCAAAUUAUGAUGAAUAUCCACGUGCUAAUGCACAAGUUGCACCAUUAAGAGAAAUUGAUGCUCAACCAGUUAGACAACAUGUCUUUGGAAAUCCAUUUAAAGUUAACAAACCAAUCGAUGAAAUCGAUGAUUUAGUUGGCUCAACUGCUGUUUCCCAACAACAACAACAACUAACAUCAAGAAAACGAUCACAAUUAGAACAAAACUUAACAUCUGGUUUAAGUGCAAUGAAAAAGAAACGCACACCUUUAGUUCUGAAAAAUUAUGUUUAUCGUCGACAUUUAUCUAUUAGUGGUAGUAGUGGUCCUCCGAGUCCUGCAACAUCAACAACGAGUACCGAUGAUGAAUCCGAUACUGAAUCUAUAAUAACAAAGAAUUCAAUGAAUCGUUUUUCAUUUGAUAUUUAUUCUGUAUUAGAUGAUGAUCAUCGUCGUUUAAUAAAAAAAUAUCGUGAAAUUAAAAAAAAAAUUAAAUUAUUAUUUCGUCGUCAAGCUGAUCAAGAAAUUUUAACUCUAUUAGAUACAUUUAAUUCAUCACAUGAAUAUAAAUUAACUUUAAUAAAUGAAUUAAUUUAUGAAUGUCAAAGAUUAUAUCCAUCAUUUGAGUCUCGUCUUAUUCAAUAUAAAAUGAAUAUUGUUAAUGAUUCAUCAUUAAAAGAAGAUGAACCAUCAUCAUCUUCACUUAUACUUGAUGAUUAUAUAAAAAAAAAAAAUUAUAUGUCGACUGGAAUUGGUAAAUGGGGUGAUAAACAUGAUGAACAUCAUGUUGGUCUUGCUCGUCGUUCAUUUGAUCAAGAAUAUGAUAAAUCAUCAGCAUUUGAAUUUAAUAAUCGUUCAUUUGCUCGACAACAACCAUGGCGUACAUAUCCUAUUUUAGGUGGUGAAACAGGUGAUGAAUUAGAUACACAUCCAUUACCAAAAGAACAACGAGAUAAAUUAUUACCAAAUAAAUCAUUAAAUCCUGAAUAUAAUCGAUAUUUUGAUGAAAAAAAAGAUGGACAAUUACAAAUACGAGAAGAUCAUUUAGCACUUUUUUCACCAAAAGCAAGAAAGGUUAUUCUUUUCGAUAUGGGUAUAAAACCAGCCAAUGGUGAUCUUAAUCGUGAUUAUAAUAAUGAUCCACGUUAUCGUGUUUGGGGUUUACCCUAUUAUAUGGCUCCAUAUGAUGCACGUGUUUUUUUUCCAUUGAGUUUUUCAAUAGUGGUAUUAAUGCGUAAUAUGUAUUUACGUCGACCAUUUUUUUCGGCAAGACCUGUUUAUGCUGCAGCUAUUGUUGGUGGUUAUUUUUUUGGUUCAUGGUGGAGAAAAUUUCGUGAACAACGUAUGUUAGAAAAAGAAUUAAGUAUAUGGGAUUAUGUUCGACGACAUCCAGAAGAUUUUCCUGAAGUAUUUGAAAAACGUCGAAAAUAUCGAGAUAUUUUUCAAUCAUGGAGACCAUUACGUUAA